UCAUCUCUCAUCUCAUUGAUCUCUCCCCUCUCCACAUGUCAGAGGAUCCGGCGACUCUCACCAAUGACUCGGUCCCGUAGUACGCAGAGCGACUGCUCAUCACCUCCUGUCACCCAAGAUGACCUGAAGAGCGUACUUGAACACGAGAUUCGCAACCACGUGUGGGAAUUUUCCCCAAUGAGAUUCGCAACAAGGGUGUGCCAAAGGACGAGGAAAACCUCUGCGGACGUACUUGAAGUGAAACAGAGGAUGGAAAUUGCUGACGACAUCGACCGGGCUGAUUAUUACGACCUGGCCGUCGAUGAACCAGCGUUUCAGGAGGUUUUCGAGAAGUGCCGCAAGGACCUCGACACAAGCACCUUCAUCUCGCGAUUCCAAGCCGCUAAGGGUGGUAUAGAGGGCAAACAGGAUUGCACCCCACUUGUUGAAUUCUUGAAUGCUUGUCUGGCCCUCGUAAAGUCGAAAUGUCCGGAUCUCGCCGAAACAUCGAUUUAUUCAAAGCUCGAGUUCCUCGUCUAUGACCGACCCACACAAGACGGUAUUGAAGGCGAAAAGUCAUUAAAGCCUGAUAUCGUUGGCGUAUCGCCCCCUGACUCGCAGAGUGGUGAGGACUGGCGAAACAAGCGCUUCUAUUGGUGCCCCCCGAGUGCUACAGAGCCCCUGCCACCGAACGCUGCCGACAUCCAGAUCGGCAUCCCUUUGGAAGUCCAAGAUGAAUGGCCCGAGCUUCUGCGACAAGCAGCCACAUAUGGGCAUGCUCUAUUCGCCGCGAAUCCCCUGCGUGUCUAUGCCCUUGUUCUCGCAUGUAACCCUGUCGAGUGGGACUUCAGAUUUCUGCUCUUUCAUCGCGGUGGGCUAUCAUGCUCAAAGCCCUUGUCGCUUGUCACGCAACGCGGCCAAGAGGAAAUGCUGUGGAUCUGGAUGGCUUUGUUGACAUGCAAGACGGUGGGUGAUAUCGGCUUGCCGCCAUGGUACAAUGGGGUUGAAAUGCUCUUGCCAGUUGGCGGAGGAAACGCAAAGUCAUUGCAUGCAAACAUUGAGGAGGUUUUGCAUAGUGCGAUGUGUUGUCGCGGUCGUGCUACGAACGUGUUCAAACUUUCAUACCCUAAUAAACGCCCCGUCGCCGAUCUCGCCCCCAUCGCCACAGCUCGUCGUCCACAGACUCCAGCUUCGACCGUCUCCGAUACCAAAUCCGGUGCAAGCGACAUUUUAGCAAACAAAGAAGAUGUCAUUGAUCAGCCCGUUACCGCUGAAAAAAAAAUCCGACCAAAAAUCGCCCAAUAUCCACUUGGAGAACUCAAGAUGGCAUCCAAGGUUUUCACCAAGCCAUUGAGCACAUCGGAAGAGGAAAAACAAGUGAUACUCAAGUCGAUUUGGGAUCGAGACAAUCCGACUUGGAAAAACAUCGAAGACGAGCUGGCGUCGGCCUGCGAUGAACUAUUUGGCUGCCCAGGACACCACUAUUCGUGUACCCCGGCUGACGAAACUUCCGGCCCCUUCACGAACCACCUUCUUCUCCCUACCCCCGAAGAGGCUAUGGAUCUCCAACAGUUUCAUUGGUCUGUUUUCAGUAAGACUGUCCCAUCAGAACCAGAAUGGCGCAGUCAGCUCUACCAUUUGUUUGACACAAUUGGGUCGUCUCUUGUUUCCUCACCAAAUCCUCUCGCACUCUUUGUCGCAAUCCUCCAUACUUUACUUGGAUGGCUUGCGAUGUUUCAACUUGGCUAUUUCCACCGGGAUCCGAGCAUAGGGAACCUACUUCGCCUCGCAGAAGCUGUUGCGAUGAAAAAAUUCGAGAUUGAUCUGAGACUCGCGCCUGACGCCAUCGACGACCUCAUUGCCCAGUUUAGACAUCUCGGCUUGAGCCCUUCGGGUGGUUCGCAGAUCGAUUGUCGACAGCAAGCACAACGCGUCAAAGACCUACUCGAAACCCUGGGUGUGGGAUCUGAUGCAUCCGGCCUCAUUAUUGAUGGUGAUAAUGCAGUCAAGUGGCACCAUUUCGAUGCUCCCCGAAAUUCCACGCGUUCGGGCACUGUAGAAUUCAUGUCUGAUCUUCUUCUCCAUGACAUUCAGGCAGGAAAGGGUCACCUAUACUCACCUGUCGACGAUCUGCGCGCGGUGUUCUAUGUCUGUCAAUGGGCUGCAGUAUUCCGAGAUAAAGUCAAACUAAGCCACCUGACACUCCUACGCCAACAGUUGGGCACGAACCGCCGAGCUACGGCGACACGCCAUAUUCAACAGGAAAUCAGAGACGAUGAUUUCCAACUCUACGGAAAAUUUCUGCCCCCAUGUGUAUCUUUCCUAUCGGCGUGGAAUACCAGAUUGGUGGCAUUGGGGAAAGAUUUCAAGGAUGCACAGAAAGCCAGUGGGGGCAACAAUGAUCUUUUGCGACUAAUGUUCUUGUCGUUUGCAUAUCGCGGGGUCGCUGAUUUCAUGGAGGUAUUCUUGGAGUGGAAGCAGAAGAACAAUAUGACUUAG